CUCCGCGAAUCGAGCCAACAAGAGACGUGCUCUCUGAAUAAAGUCACAGUACCGAACCGCUAGCCGCAACCGUAUCUCGCAGAUCCUGAUUUUCCCCAUCGGAAGGAAAGAUGUUUGCCCGUGCCGUGAAAACCGUCGCCAGCCAGGGUGCCAAGAACUUUUCCACCACGAGCCAGAACAAUGUAAAGGUGGCCGUUUGCGGUGCUUCAGGUGGAAUCGGUCAACCACUGUCGCUUCUGCUGAAGAACAGCCCGCUGGUGACGGAACUGUCGCUGUACGACAUUGUCCAUACGCCCGGUGUUGCCGCUGACUUGUCGCACAUUGAAACUCAGUCGAAAGUGACUGGAUACAAUGGACUGGAAAAUCUGGAAAAAGCACUUAAAGGUGCCGACAUCGUCAUCAUUCCGGCCGGAGUACCUCGCAAGCCCGGUAUGACUCGUGACGACCUGUUCAACACGAAUGCUUCGAUCGUGCGCGAUCUGGCUGCCGGUUGCGCUAAGGCCUGCCCGAAAGCACUCAUCGGAAUCAUCUCCAACCCGGUCAAUUCGACCGUUCCGAUUGCGUGCGACACGUUGCAGAAGGCCGGUGUGCUGGACCCGCGACGUGUUUUCGGUGUUUCGACGCUCGACAUCGUGCGAGCAAACACGUUCAUUGGCGAAGCAGCAGGUGUCGAUCCUCAAAAGAUGAACGUCCCCGUCAUUGGCGGACACUCGGGUGUCACUAUUAUUCCGGUGUUAUCUCAGACGAAGCCAGCAGUGAGCUUCCCGCAGGAUAAAAUUACUGCCUUGACCGAACGCAUUCAGGAAGCCGGCACGGAAGUAGUGAAGGCUAAGGCUGGUGCGGGUUCGGCCACCCUUUCGAUGGCCUACGCUGGUGCUCGCUUCGCUUUGGCACUGGCACGUGCAAUGAACGGCGAACAGAACGUCGUAGAAUGCGCGUACGUCCGAUCGGACGUUACUGAGGCCAAGUACUUUGCGACUCCAUUGCUGCUCGGUAAGAACGGCCUAGAGAAGAACCUGGGUCUGCCGAAGUUGAAUGCUUUUGAGCAGGAGCUGCUGAAGAAAGCCAUCCCGGAGCUGAAGAAAAACAUCCAGAAGGGAGAGGACUUUGUGAAGAACAACUAAAUGGAACAUGGGAACAUAAAUUAACGAUUCUCGACAAACAAACCAACGUCGAACGGUUGGCUAGUAGAGCAUUUCUUUUAAUCAAUCCCUCACGAACCAAAGUUUUCCUUAGCUCGUAGGUGAAACCCAUGAGUUCCGGAAUAACCACGUUAGCCUCAUCGAGAAUGGCCAGUGAACUUGAGCUACAAUAAAUAAAUCAAUAUACAAACAAUCCGCCAUAAUGUGUAGACCGAAACAAACGAAUGUUGUAUGGAAAUAAAAUUUAAUUUAUU